UUGACUGCGCUUAGACAUGUAGUAGCAGUGUGUCUCGCGGACAUUGAAAUAAUCCCUUGACAACAUUUUACCUUUAUUAAGCCAAAAAAAAACGAAAAAUAUUUUUUCUUUGCCCUUUUAUAACUUAAAAAUAAUGAGUAAUUCACCUUUUACAGAAACGUCCACAAGAAUGAGAGAAGAAACACCUACAACCGCUCAUGGUUCCCGAACUCUGGUUGUAGAGGAUAUUGCAGUACAAAGCGGAGAAGACACAGAUUCCGGUGAUGAUGGAGAACAUGUCGGUGUAUUGAGAUUACGAGGCGACAUGAAUUCUCGAAGACCCAGAGCCAUUCAAUGGGAUGAAAGUGUCAUUGAUAAUGAACACAUGAAUAAGAAAAAAACAAAAAUUUGCUGUAUUUACCAUAAACCUCAUGCAAUUGGAGAAUCCUCGGAAUCCGAAAGCAGUAGCAGCAGUGAUAGUGAUAAUUCCAGUAGUAGUGAGGAUGAACGCCCACAUAUCAAUGGUAAAUGUACGCAUAAGCAUACAGUACAAAAGAAGAAGAAGAGAAACCCAAGAGAAGUCAGUCCAAAUGCAUAUGAGCGUCAACCAGUAUAUAAAGACCGUGCUUUGUCUUCUUCAAAAUAGUUGAGGGAGUUUUACAUACAAAUAUAGUAAAGUGAUCAAAAAGAAAGGGAUUCCCCAUCUGUGUUUAUAAGGAGAGAAACAUUAAAUGAAGAAUGUGAAUAGUAAGAACUAUAAUAGAAUUUUUUGUUCUGCUUUUUUUUUCUCUCUCUCUCUCUUUAUAUUUUCUGUUUUCUUUUUCUACUUUCUUUUAUCAAUUAUCCUAUUAUACCUUUUAAUAAAAAAAAAAAAAAAAUGCAUGAAAAUUGUAAGCAAU